AUGAAGAACACUGGCGAUCGACACCAUUUUCAGUUCCUUCUGUCCCGCGACUCACCACCGCCAGCGGCGCAUGAGGGCGAAGCUCCUACUCCACCCUCAUCGCCCGUGUUGGGGACAUUCGCGCCACAGCCUGCGCCCAAAGCAUCGCAACGGGCCAGGCCAUAUGCCCGUACGUUGUCGAGUUCCGCCCGAAAACCGAUCCUGGCCCAUGAGUCCCGCUGUGCGAUCUGCAAACGCAAGAUCCCCCGCUACUCGAAGCGCGGCCAAGUGAAUCAUGUCAACUCUUGCUGGUCCGCGCUAAGAGAAGCUGCGGAGACUGCGAAGACGAAGAGGCUGGCAGAGAUGAAUGCCAUGGAGAUUGCCGAGCGUGUGUUGAGUCGGGCGGGAAAGAAUCCCAAGGGAGAAAUGGGGGCGUUGGUCGAGGAGGUGGACGCCGCCACGGCGGAUGCAGAUACUGAGGCAGAGAACGAGGAUCCGUUGACUGGAGUAGAGAUGAACACUCUGCCAGAGGGAUGCUCAGAUUCUUGCUUGCCACCACCACCCAAGACUGCCCCAACGACAUGUAUUGUCUGCGGAGUGAAGCUGCCGGACCUUGCUCUCGAUGCUCUCCUGCACCAGCGUCACUGCCUAAGAAAGGCAUACCCUCCUCAAUGCCCAGUCUGCCAUAUCAAAUUUCCUCCUUCUCCAAACACUCCACUAUCCACUCACACAGCCUCCUCACCUUCUAUUUCUGUGGGAUCUGCCAAAAAAUGGACGCCAGAUACCGUCCUCGAACAUCUCCACUAUUGUAUCCGACGCGUUCCACCCGUCCAAUCCGAACACCACGCCGACUUCACCGCAACACUAGCUGUCUGCGAUCGCCCUUGGGCACUAGCAACGCGGAUUCUCGUCCGAAGCUUCGGACCAAAGAAGAAUUGGACCCUCCGUGACCAUCGUCGCAGUAACAAGGACAAGCUCUUUGGCAAAGGUCUCGAAGUCGGCAAGGCUUAUACGAUCGCAGCUACUCCACUGAGGACUUCAACUAGCUUCAUUGGCGAUGCGUCUCAGAGUGAUAUGCAAAUCACUGUACGCCUGAAGACGUGGUGCUGGACAGGCUUGAGGAUUGACGCUUUCAGACGCAUAGCUUUUGACAAGUUAUUCGAGCGACUGGAGAUGCCAAUGGGGAUGAAUUACAACAAUUGGAUGAAGUUGGAGAAUGUAUUGACGUUUGUUAUAAAGCAGCAGGAGUCACCGAAGUGUGCUUUGUGGGGGAACAAGGCUUCACGUCUUGGACUUUUCUACGGGAAUGUGUCUGAUGAGGAGCUUCCAGAUGCGGGGUUCGAGCCUGGGAAAUCUUCGAUUAUCGCAAGGGCUUUAGAGAGGGAGAAAACUAGAGUAUUCGUGGAAAAGAAGGCGAGUGAAAAGACGGAGGAGACGAAGAGUGAGCAGAAAGCUAUUCGUCCACCGCCUAGCUUCGAGCACGUCAAGAUACCUCCAGCACGAGUGGAUGGAACAUUCACUGCGCCACACCCAUCUCUGUUCAAUUUCACCCCCUCCCGUCCCCAUAUACCCGCAACUAUACCACCCCCGACACCCAGCCCCUUCCCUCGUACCCCGACACCACCAGAAAUCCAAACCAGGAUCGACCCCAGCUCCCUCGAAUUCUUCAAGACCUUCCUCCAAACUCUCACACCCGCUUCAACCACCAUCCCUCCUCAAACUCGAACCCCAGGCCCCCCAAAUCCGCCCACGCCAGUCGACGGAGCACCAGUAUCACUCCCCCACACACCAACGCCCGAAGACUUUGUCGCCAAUUUCAAAGUCCUCUCCAUAAACUCAAGCGCGAACACGGAUGUAGCUUGCACGGCUACUGACAUCGACCCGAGCCCGCGCACGCGUCUCGAUUUUGACUAUCCAAAUCAUCACACACCUCGGUACUCCACGGAAUGCACAAAGCUAUGCAUUUCGGAUGCUGCUCAUGAUCCGUUUGUUAGAUUUGCGCGGAGGGUGAGGGGGGGCGAUAUGGCGGAGGAGGAGAGGGGGAAGCAGGAUGCGGAGAGGCAUGGGGAUGCUGGGGAGGGUGGGGUUAGGCUUGAGGAGUGA